CUACGUUCUGAGAUUCUUAACUGAUAUAUUCCAGCAUCCUCUCUGUCUUGAGGGACAAAAGUCUCCAUCUUUCUCCCUUAUUAUGAUUGGCAAUCACUGAUGAUCUCAAAAUAAGUAGUUUCUCAAUUUUUAAGAUGAAUUAAUUCCUAGUCCUCUUAAUUUACUCACCAUCCCCCCCAUCUUGAUAAAGCUACCUACAAUUAAAAAUGCGUUCGAGCAGACAAUCAUCUGCUUAUUUCUUCAUGUUAGCAUUGUUCAUCUUGAUUUCCAUACGCACUACUUUCUGUGCUGAAAACCAGAAAUUAUAUGCAGCAAACUGCAAGAAGCCCUUUCUCUUCCGUUGCGUCAGUACCCGUACUCUUUAUCCACGAAAGUUGGCAUCAGAAAAUCCAGUCCCAGACUUGCCACCCAUUCCCAAUAUACAAUACUACGCGCCAACACCAGAGCCCACCUUUUCAGAUGACGAACCGAGAGGGUAUUAUUAUCCUUCAAAGCACAAGCGGGCCAUGUGGCAGCUUAUACUUGGCAUUGGCAUGGCUGCGAUUUUAAUUCUCUCUUUGGUAAUAAUCUGCAGCGUUAAAAGAGGAUACCAUGCAAUUCUCUGGGGGAAAAAGGAUGCAAUGAAUGAUCGGAAUAGUGCCGAGGAAAUGAUAAAGAAUUAUGGAUCAAUAGCCCCGAAGCGUUACACCUAUUCAGAAGUGAGGAAACUGACCAAUUCCUUUAGAGAUAAAGUAGGACAAGGUGGAUUUGGAGUUGUAUACAAAGGGAAGCUUCCUGAUAGUGAUGGACGUAUCGUUGCUGUGAAGGUCCUCAGCGAGGCCAAAGGUAAUGGAGAGGAAUUUAUUAACGAAGUGGCCAGCAUUAGCAGAACUUCGCAUGUUAAUAUAGUCAAUCUUUUGGGGUUCUGCUAUGAGAGGAAUAAAAGAGCUCUAAUAUAUGAAUUUGUUUCUAAUGGAUCUCUUGAUAAGUUCAUAUAUGACGAGGGAACUUCAGUCACAAAUUGUCAUUUGGACAGCCGAACGAUGUUCCAAAUUGCAGUUGGCGUUGCUCGAGGACUAGAGUACUUGCACCGAGGUUGCCGGACAAGGAUUCUACAUUUUGACAUAAAACCUCAUAAUAUACUUUUGGAUGAAGAUUUGUGUCCCAAAAUCUCUGAUUUUGGCCUUGCUAAACUAUGCAAAACAAAAGAGAGUAUUGUGUCAAUGACAGGCAUGAGAGGAACUACAGGAUUUAUUGCACCGGAAGUUUUCAGUCGGAACUUUGGUGCAGUCUCUCACAAAUCAGACGUUUAUAGCUAUGGAAUGUUGAUUCUCGAGAUGGUUGGAGGAAGAAAAAAUUUUCAAUCUGGAGCAUCUCAUACCAGCCAAAUAUACUUUCCCCACUGGAUAUAUAACAAGAUGCAACAAGAAGAAAGUCUUGUUAAUACUUUUGGGGAUAUAACAGAUGUGGAAGAAGACACGAUAAAAAAGAUGAUAAUAGUAAGUGUAUGGUGCAUCCAAACUAAUCCUUCAGAUCGACCAUCGAUGGCCAAGGUGAUAGAGAUGUUAGAAGGUACUCUUUUAUCUCUACAAUUUCCACCAAAACCUUUCCUCGAUUCCCCUACAAGGUCACCUUAAAAUGCUUCCUUAACUUCACUCAUAAAAAACCAAUCAUUGAAAUGGUUGUGAAGAUAGAAUUUUGUUAGUAGGGGGCAAGCUUAUUUGAAGAGAUUUGACCUCUUUAUGUGUGUGAUGUGUGUGUUUAUGCAAAAUAUUUACAGACAAGUUGUAAAUUUAAUUUCGCAAGUUGUAAGGUAACCGUCGACAAAAAUUAUGUCUAUAAUAUUAAAAAAGGAUGCUUGUCAAGCAAUUCAAUGGUUAGAUGCAAAGAAUGAUAAUUUUAAUGUCGAGUAAAUCAUAAAG